UAUUCAGGUCUUAGGUAUUAAAGUCUGCAUCAGURAUCAUGGRAGWUUUAGCAAAAAAAAUAUCGCUUUCGAAAGAGGUACCAUUAAAACCGCUUGAUGGUGAAACCURUCGAUAUUUUAUUGUUGAUCGACGGAAACAGAUUAAUAAUUGARCCAAGUCUAAACCAGGAUUAGUGACUAUUGUCUUCGCAKGUCUGGUAUUAGCAUUGCAAAUUAGGAUCAUAUUUCAUAGUGGCUUCGACAAUCUUCUAAGUCGGGUCUUAGAUAUUGAAUAUCCUUUCCUUGAACAAGUCAUCUUUGACGCGGUAUAGCAAGAGCAUUUCUUCUAAACAUACACUGGAGAACAAAUUCACCGAUUCUCGCACUCGAUCAAGWCUUUUAGACCGSUCRUUCAUCGACUAAAAACCGAAAGCGAUUGGUCUUUGAAGGUAAAUAAUAUUGGUUUUAGCUUCAGUUCAUUCCGCGAAGUUCAUUCUCCGUGGAUUUAGCGUCAAAAAUGUCUUAUACUUCGUCUGCUGCUGCUUCACUCAAGUCAAAACGUAARCCAAACUUCACCGAAGUGGAAAACUUAUUUCUAAUCGAGGAAUUCGAGAGAAAUAAAGAAGUUCUUCGCUCUAAAGUCAACAGUACCGAGAUCAAUCGACAAAAGUUGGAUGUAUGGCAGAGGAUUUGUGAUAAACUAAAUGGAACGAACCCCAUCGUGAAAAGGAGUGUCGAUGAGGUGAGAAGAAAGUGGAAAAACAUGGUGACUUCCGCAAGAAAGGAGACAACAACUUUUAAUCCAAGUCGCCCUCCGUCACAAGUAAGCCAAAGGAUUAUGAGAGGAUAUAACGAGCCCGAAUGUUCUAAUAGCCUCGUGGUAUCACCCCUUGGUAGUGAGUCGAGUAACUCUGGGGGUAUGGGUGUGGAUGUGAUAGUCCAACAAGAGAAUUCAGACACGGUAAAAGAAGAAAUACCUCACUCAAAUACAACAAUCGAUUUGAAUGAAGUUGGUCCGACAAUAGCUGAAGUCCGAGCUGCCGUCGGAUGUGGSAUGGAAGUUGUUGAACCUGGUCCACCAGCAGCCGCUUUGACGGACCAUUCAAGACAGAGCAUGCGUGUACARACCACCUCUAGAAUGAACCAAUUUCGACCGAAGAGAAACAAUGUGCAGUCGAUAAUAAUCAAUGCCAAGAAGAGAAAACUCCAAGCAAGUCAAAGCAUGUGCAGCACAUCAUCAUCGCUUGACAUACARCAAUUACAGAAGGAAAAGCUCACGCUGGAAAAGGAAAAGAUAGUCCUUGAAAAAGAAAAACUURUGCUUGAAAAAGAAAAACUAAUGUUAGAGAUUCAGUGCUUGAGAAGUCAACUUAAUGGCGACGAGUCCGAGUAUUAAAAAAAAUACUAAAAG